AGGCCCGCUCAAACAUCAGAGUAUACAAAUUCAGUGAAAACCACCCGGAGAGGACUCCGGUGCUCAAGCAGGCAGGCGAAUUUCGACAACUGCUCAUCUUGAAAGGCUUCUCUUCGUCGGAGCCAUUGAGUCCGCUCAAUUCCGCCGCCUUAGGAUUGACGACCAAGUUACAACAACCUCGCAGGACGCUUCAGAGGGUGACCGAAGCAGUGGUCAGGAUCAGUUGGCAAUUUUAUUCAUACAACGGUCCUGAACUUCAAUGCAGUCUUCGUCGAUAUCUCUACGUAUCAAUAUCGCUCAAUUAACCAUAGCUCUGGUUCACUUUCAACUGCGGCUUAGCCAGGCCCAGUUGACACGAGAUUUCCGCGCAAGCAGCUCAAGUCAACAGAGGGAUGUGUAUCCAAGAGUAUAUUGCCUACCAGUGUGGGCACCGAACGCCGGGUGUCGUUCGCCCGUGCCCCCUGACCACCGCAGGACACAACUUCCCCGUCUGCACCAUCCAGCCGUCAAAGCAACACCUAGCACAAACCAUGUGCGGCCCUUGCGAAAGACUCCUACACUCACGAUGGGUACUUAUUCGGGAGUGGGAGCAUCGCUGGCUACAUGAGCGUGGAGUUUGCGGCUGUGAUGUGGUCUUCCCCGGCCUUCUGACCCGACCUCGCGUGAUUGGCAACGUCCUAGGUUCAGAGGAAGACUUCACCGAAGGGACCCGAGACGACACAAUCGGACGUUGUGGAUCUGCUCCCACUCGCCAUGGUACAACGGAGGUAGAGGAGGCACUACAACAAGGCAAUACAGGAACAAGAACUUACCACAUCCCGCCCAUAUUCACCGAGACCGCUACCGGCGAUCAGCAGCGUGUUGCCAUCCGCUUGCCCAGCUUGUACGCGGCCGAGUGGCUAGCUGAUCACCGCGCUCUCCACGACAGCGGGAGAUGCCAGUGUCCGGUUCGUUUUACGCCCUUUCAGCCUGACGUGGGAGAAUAUGCCAUGAUCACCGGGGAACGGGAGUAUCUCCAGGAAUACCGCCAGACUGAAAGCCGCAAUCGGGCCAUAAACAAGGGUGAGGAGGAAAUUACUUUACGGAGGGCCCAGAUCAAUGAUACGUUUGGAGCUUUUGAUCCUGCUGCUGCUGCGUCAUCACCCCCGGCCAAACCGAAACAUCCUCUUGUAUCUGAUUUACCUCCGACCGGCCCUCGUCAUACCAGAGCUCCCUCGCAUCACCGCCAGAGCCACUGCCUUCAUCAUCAGCAGGAGCAUUUUCAUCAAGGACAGGGACAUCACCACAGCCAGCCAAGGCAUGCCACUUCGGUGACUUUCGCCACGAACACCUCCGUGCCUUUCCCCCAGGGGCGGUCUUGUGAUCCGGCAGCACAGCACCAGCAGCGACCGGAGCUUUUCGGCCUGGCAGAUCAGCCAGUGCAGCUCUCUAUUCGUUCGUCGUCCUACGCCGUCGCGUCGGUCUACGGCAACCAUGAACACCACGUCUACGGACCACACACCUUCGUACCAAUGGGCAUUGUUUUCCCCGAUCAUCGUGACCACGAGCCCGAGACUCAGGAUGGACCGCAACAGCUUCAGCAACAUUGUCAGGAACUUCGUUCCCUAACCAGUAGUUCCUCUCCGCCUCCGCGUCAUCCAUUCCCAUUUCCAUACUGCGGUUUGCCCGUUGGCUCCGGACCAGAGGGCAGUGAAGUACACAUGCCUAAUUGGGAGGAUUGUCAGUUGAGAAGAUGCAAGUCGAGCUUCCAAUCUGAAUCUGAACCUGGACCUGGACCUGGACCUCGUUCUAGAGCUGGGGUGGUUUCGAGCGAGGUUGAAGCUGAGACUAAUAAGGUUGGAACCGAUGCUGAAACCAAUGACGGAAACGGAGACGGAACCGGGAAUGAUGCUGAAGGUGGUUGUGGGGCUCAAGUUGAUCACGCCGAGCAGUACCAGCAACACCGGACAAGUUUGGGAAGAGGACACCAGCGGAGCUCAUCGUACUCCUGAGCGGGAUUAAGGAUUCUUCAUCUUGAGUCCUUGGACUGGUGAGUCGUCAUCCCAUCGCUUCCAUGACUUGUUUCGAAGAUUUAAAUCCCUGGUACUUUUAUGAGAGUGGCCCAAUUUUGAAGCUAACAAUAUAGAGGACGGCGAACCACGAAAAAUCAAAUUCUCAGCGCGCAGUGUGACGGCGGGAUGGAGAUUACUCAAAGUCGACAAGAGAGCGAGUGUUCGCUCCGCGACAAUGUUCUACGGCAGCCAGUCCAGUGGCGGCUGAGAAGUUAUUGUAACAACAAGCAGUCGUCGCAUUGCCUUUUUCCAUAUCUCGUCUCACAGCACCACACAACUAUGCACAUCAAGGACUGGCACAACUAACACCAACACCACAGAAAAUAUUGAACAAGAAGGACAUGG